GAGGAGGGCUCAGGCCUCCACUCCACUGUGCCCACACGACUGGCAGUGGCUUUUCCUCUUCGGCCCCAUGGAUAUCGGCAUCAUGAAGUGGAUGGCAGUGGCUUUGGUCUGCCUCCAGCUCUUGGAAGCAGCAGUGGUCAGAGUUCCCCUGAGGAAAAUGAAGUCCAUCCGUGACACCAUGAAGGAGAAGGGCUUACUGAAGGACUUCCUAAGGAAGAACAUGUACGACCCCGCCCUUAAGUACCAGUUUGGUGGCUUCGUUGAGGCCUACGAGCCCAUGGCCUACCUGGAUGCUUCCUACUUUGGUGAGAUCAGCAUCGGAACCCCACCACAGAACUUCCUGGUCCUUUUUGAUACUGGCUCCUCCAACCUGUGGGUGCCCUCUGUCUACUGCCAGAGCCAGGCCUGCACCACUCACUCCCGCUUCAACCCCAGCCAGUCCUCCACUUUUUCCACCAACUCGCAGUCCUUCUCCCUGCAGUACGGCAGCGGCAGCCUCACGGGCUUCUUCGGCUAUGACACUCUGACGGUCCAGAACAUCCAGGUUCCGAACCAGGAGUUUGGCCUGAGUGAGAACGAACCGGGUACCAAUUUCAUCUACGCAAAGUUUGAUGGUAUCAUGGGCAUGGGCUACCCAUCUCUGGCCGCAGGGAGGGCCACCACAGCCUUGCAGGGCAUGCUGCAGGAGGGCGCCCUCAACAGCCCAGUCUUCAGCUUCUACCUCAGCAGCCAGCAGAGCUCUCAGAAUGGGGGAGAAGUCAUCUUCGGGGGUGUGGACAGCAACCUGUACAUGGGGCAAAUCUACUGGGCCCCGGUCACCCAGGAGCUCUACUGGCAGAUUGGCAUUGAGGAGUUCCUCAUUGGCGGCCAGGCCUCAGGCUGGUGCUCCCAGGGCUGCCAGGCCAUCGUGGACACAGGCACAUCUCUGCUCACUGUACCCCAGCAAUACAUGAGUGCCCUUCUGCAGGCCACGGGGGCCCAGGAGGACCAGUAUGGACAGUUUUACGUGGACUGUAGCUCCAUCCAGAACCUGCCCACCCUCACCUUCAUCAUCAAUGGUGUGCAGUUCCCUCUGCCACCCUCCUUCUACAUCCUCAACAACAAUGGUUACUGCAUCGUGGGAGUCGAGCCCACCUACCUGCCCUCCCAGAAUGGGCAGCCCCUGUGGAUCCUUGGGGACGUCUUCCUCAGGGCUUAUUACUCCAUCUACGACAUGGGCAACAACAGAGUGGGCUUCGCCACUGCCGCCUAGACUCAGUGCUUGGAUGCCUGGGACCCCUUCUUCCUCUCGGCCCCCUACCCUGCAGAGGGUUCUCUCUGUGCUUUUCCUCUGGAUUCAGCCUUUCUUUUCUGGACUCUGGACUUUCUCUAAUAAUAAAUAGAUCUUCUCCA